UAGGAAAUUAAAGCAAAGGGACUAGACAAAAACAAAAUGCAAAUGUAGACAAGAUAGGUGCAAUUAAAAUGUUGGUCUAUGAUUACGUGCCACUCUUAAAGUGCUUAGACUUUCUUAAUCAAUCACUUAAUUCCAAAUGCAUCAUUGUUGGAACGUGAGUUCCUGCUGCUAAAAUCUCAACCAUUGAUUUCUCCACUAUCCCUUGCUACAUAAACCUUAUAUAUACAACAAUAAUAGGUGUAGAAUCUAGAAUCAUUUGUGAGAACCUUAGAGAAGAAAAAGCUAGUUAAGCAAAGAUGUUGGAAGGAAAAGCUAUGGUGAAAGAAACAGACAUGCCAGGGAAGAUGCAAAUCCAAGCCAUGUCCUUUGCUUCACAAGCCCUUGAUCUCUAUGAUGUUCAUGAUUGCAAAUCUAUUGCAGGACACAUCAAGAAGGAAUUUGAUAAGAUGUAUGGGAAUGGGUGGCAAUGUGUAGUAGGUUCCAAUUUUGGAUGCUUCUUCAGCCAUUCACCAGGAACUUUCAUAUACUUUGCUCUUGAGACCCUUAAUUUUCUCAUCUUCAAGGGUGCUUCUUGAAUAUUUUUUUUUCCUUCAUUUUAUUUUUUUACUAUCAUAUAUAAUUAACACUUCCUUCAACUGAGUUUCUUGUAUGUACUAGCGGAUUAUGUUUGUUGUAAUAUUGUAUUUUAGAUAAAGUCAUAAAACAGAGGAAAUAUUGCUCUAAAUUUUGAUCAACACAUUUGAACUUUCAAUUCACUGUAUUUUGUGUCAUUAUUAGAUUUUGAUGCAACUCCUCUAUUCUAAUACACAAUUUUCUCAUUCACCUU